AUGCCUCCGAUCGUAAUACUUGAUUCUGACGAUGAAGGUGAGGAUGGCAGCUUUUCUCCGCCUCCAAAUAUACAGGCACCAUUGUCAUUUGGACCAGCCGAGAUUGAAGCUCAGACUGAAGCUGCAAAUGUUUCUUCUGGAGGUGUAAGCCGUGCGACGACAUCAACAAACCCGUCAUUCUUUCAAAAUAUUUACAAUGAGCAGAAUGAUGCAGCCCGUGGAUAUGUUCCAGAGCCGACAGCCAGAUCACAUGAUCAAGAUCAACAUUCAGUCUCAAGCUCUGAGAUGACAACACCAGCACCUUUCAAAAGAACGGUAACGGGACUUAUUGAACCCUCCUCAGUACCGUCUGAAAGGGAUCAGGCAACAAAAAGAGGACACACCAACGGAAACGGUUCAGAUGAAUGGACCCAGGCCUCGACACCAGGCAGAAGAAAAGCACCCAUGGCUGUUAUGGACGAUAUGUGGGAUGUACCAAGUUCACCUGAUGAGCGCCCUGUUAGACCUAAGAUAAAACUCAAGGUCAAGAGUUUGAAGGCUCAGUCUGAUUCCACCUCUGACUCUCGUCACGCGCAAGAGCUGGACAAACUAGGAAAGACUCCAAGCUCAAAGGCUGGGCGAUCAGAUGGUUCACCUUCAGGCAAGAAGCGUAGAAAAGUCAGUCAUCCAGAACCGUCUUUCCAAGGUUCUAACGAUGUCGACUUGGUAUUCCCCUUCAUUUUCAUGGCUAAAAGGGAUAGCAACCAUGAAUCCCAGCCAGCGCCAACACCGAGCAUGCUCCCGCCAACAUUGCCAGUCAAUCAAGACGAUUCUUUCUUCAUUACCACAAACCCGCUUACUGAUGCCCAGAAGCUGGAGUACGAGAGUGUGCAAUUGCCUUCUAGUGACAGCCAGAAUCACCAACUCCCUCCGAUCCGUCAGUUCGAAAUCAAUCUUGCGUCAAGCGGAGAUGCAACAAACAUCAACACUCCCAGAAGCCAUGCUCAUUAUCUUAUGAGUACCGCUCCUCCUCCGCCUUCAAGUGUGAUGGACCCAAACAGAGCAGCAAUCGGACAAGCCACUGGAAACAGAUGGGAUUCAUCUCCUGACGUCACCUCCGCCAUCGAUUCGCCUCCCAAACAAAAAGCAACGAGACAACUAGAGCAAAUAAGGAACGGUGACUCACCCAAGCCUGCAAAUGACAAGACUAUGCAUGAACAGCAACCAGAACAACCGGAGCCUCCAGCCAUGCAAGAAGAUGCUCUUGAUAAUUAUGAGCCUGAAAAGGUAACAAAGACAAGGAAAUCAAGGGGCCGGCCGAAGAAGAAGACCCUGGAAGAGCCCACAGCAAUGCCAGAGGCACCUUCACCUCGACCAGAGGUUGUCACGCCUGUCACGAAACCCAAGAAGAAGCGUGGGAGACCAAGAAAGUCAGAUCAAACAGACGCAAGGGAGGAGAGUCCCAAAGUUGAUCCGUCAGCAUCUACAAACGAUGCGUCGCUAUCUGAAGAUGCUGUGCGGCCAGAGAAAAAGCCCAAGAUAGACAUUGAUGAGUCUGAAAGCAAAGAUGAGCUAGCAGAUGAAAGCGAGAUGGAACCCUCGCUGAAGAACAAGAGUCGAGAAAGUUCUAUCCUGAAGGAAUCCGACACAAACAUCCUUGCCAAGUCUGUGUCCAGUUUGGACGAUGACGCGGCGUCGAAAGCUUCAGAUGCAGCAACAGAAGAGAAAGGAGAAAAACCAGAGAAACCAGCAAUUCCAAGCAGAAGCUCAACGCCCUCCAAGGGAUUGUCAGCAAUCAUCAACAAACCCGUCUAUCGAGUCGGGUUGAGCAAAAAGUCGAGGAUUGCGCCUUUGCUGAAGUGUUUGCGUAAGGAGUAA